AUGACCCCCACCGACAUACCUGUACAACAAAAACCACGAAAUAAUAAUAAUUGUAAUGAUAAAAGAACGUCUGUUUAUUCAUCAUCAUUAUUAACAACAUUAUUAUCACCAUCAAAAAUAACAACAAGUCAAAUUGAUGAAAAUAGCUGUGAACAAAUUGAUAAUAAUAAUAUAAGACAUAUGAAAAUUGAAUAUACAAGUGAAGUUGAACAAUCAGAUAUUUGUAAUGAUCAAUUAAAUCAUCAAGAUACAAAUAAUCAUAUGAAAGUUGCAUAUUCAAUGGGUGUUAAUUCACCCUGUAGUAAUGUAUUAGAAACACUUGAUGAUGAACUUGUUGCAACAUCAUAUGAUAUUAUAACAACAAGUGUUAAUAAAAAUAAUAAUAAUAAUAAUAAUAAUAACAAUAAUAAUAAUAAUAAUUGUCGAACAACACAAGAUAAUAAAAUAACAACAGAUAGUGUUGUUGUAUCACCAACAUCUGAUAUUGGAAUUGAUAUGAAAUAUGAAUUACAAAUAAAUAUAAAUUGUACAAGUGGUGGUAAUCAUUUAUCAUCAAGUAGUAGUGGUGGUGGUGGUAAUGUUGGCAUUGAACCAGCACACAGUAGUCAAGGUAAUGGUUUAACAGUUAAUAGUGAAGUUGUUAGUGGUGACAUGUUAUGGAAUAGUCCAGGUAGUAUGCCAGAAAAUUGGGAUUCAUUAUUAAUUGAUGGACCAAUUGGUGUACCACCUAGUUCAGUAUUAACUGAUUUUAAACCGCUACCACCAUUUACUGGUUAUACUGGACAUUUAAAUAUAAAUGGUAUAUCUGGUCAUCAUUAUCAUACAAUUGCAUCAUCUGGACAGAGAACAUCAUUGACAUCAGCAUCACCAACACCAUCAUCAAAUCAUGAAUAUUAUGAAUCAUCAGUUGUAUCAUCAAGUACACCAUGUUCACAGAGUAAUCAAAAUAAAAAUUCACAACAACAGCAACAACAUCCACAUCAUUUGUCUGAUGAUUUUGAUAUUAGUGCUAUUGCUGAAAUGAUUGGUUGUGAUUAUGUUGAUACAACACAACCAGGUGGUGGUGGUGUUGGGAGUGUUGGUAGUGUUGGUAGUGGUAAUAAUAAUAAUAAUAACAACAAUUGUCCUGAAUCAAAUCCAGAUAAAGUAACUGAAUAUAUGAAUAUGGAUAAUGAAUAUAAUAAUUGGACACAAAAAACUCAUGAAACAUCAUCACCAAUAUCAUAUUCACAAAUAUAUAAUUCUGGUCAUUCAAUAAAUCAAGGACAAUUACAAAAUCAAACACUACAAAAUAUUGUACAAACUGGUAAUUAUGGUUCAUUAUUACAAGCAAGAUUACAAUCUGGUAAUAUACAAAAUACAAGUUGUGGUGAAACACCAUCAUCAACAAGUCCAUAUCCACCAGUUAGUCCACCUGGUAGAGUAUCAACAUCAUGUAGUCCAGAUCAUAUGUUACAUUCAUCAUUUAUAACACCAUCAAAUCCACGUAAACGUUCAAGACCAACAAAUAAUAAUCAUGGUCCAAAUAAAAAAAGUUCAACAACAUCAUCAUUGUCAUAUGGUAAUGAUAAUAAUCUUGGUAUUGCUAAUAAUAAAGGAAAACCAAUUCAUUGUUGUUCAAUAUGUAAACGUGAAUUUUUAAAUAAAAGCAAUAUCAAGGUACAUCUUAGAACUCAUACUGGAGAGAAGCCAUUCAGAUGUGAAUCUUGUGGAAAAUCAUUCAGACAAAAAGCUCAUUUGAUAAAACAUCAACAAAUACAUAAAAGAAUUGAAUGAGCUGAUGAUGGAUCGAGAAUCGAUAUUAACGUCAAUUUGGACUUAUCAACA